AUGAAGCACAGAAAGCAAACAGUGAAUCGGAUGAAAUGGCAGCUCGGAGACCUGGUAGAGAGACGACAGCGAGGGCAGAGCCCGGGCUGCUGUGCCCAGAAGAAAGCCCCCUGUAAUGUUUUACGGGCUGGUUUUACAGCGACUGAGCAGUUGCCAGCGGAGUUUGGCCUCCGCAGGUCUGCGGAAAGAGGUGGGGAGAGACAGAUCGUCUCAGCUAAAAUCCGACUGCCUUUACCUAUGUUCAGCAGUGUCUUCCGAAAGGUCGUGCGCUGGAAAUCGGUGGAUCUUCAUUGCACGCAAUCAGAGGAACUUCUGUCGCAGAAGGUGUCUCCCAAAGGGACCUUGCUGAGCCCCCUUCCAGCCUCAGCACCCCAGUCGGACGAAGGCUCCGACAUUGACUCUGAACCAGACCUGCCCUUAAAGAGGAAGCAGCGCCGCAGCAGGACCACCUUCACGGCGGAGCAGCUGGAGGAGCUGGAGCGGGCUUUUGAGCGGACGCACUACCCGGACAUUUACACCCGGGAGGAACUCGCGCAGAGAGCCAAACUCACGGAGGCGCGAGUCCAGGUCUGGUUUAGUAACCGUCGAGCUCGAUGGAGGAAACAGGCAGGAGCCAAUCAACUGAUGGCUUUCAACCACCUGAUCCCCGGAGGAUUUCCACCCAGUGCCAUGCCGACGCUGCCGACCUACCAGCUCUCUGAGCCGUCCUAUCAGCCCACCUCCAUACCGCAAGCCGUGUCUGAUCCGAGCGGUACAGUCCAUAGACCUCAGCCGCUUCCUCCGAGCAGCGUGCACCAAAGCAGCCUCCCCUCGAACCCGGAGAGCAGCUCUGCCUACUGCCUGCCCAGCAGCAGGCACGGGUUUUCCAGCUAUACAGACAGCUUUGUGCCUCCGUCCGGGCCCUCGAAUCCCAUGAACCCUGCCAUUGGCAAUGGCCUUUCACCUCAGGUAAUGGGACUCUUGACUAACCAUGGUGGUGUGCCUCACCAGCCUCAAACCGAUUAUGCCCUGUCCCCUUUAACUGGGGGCCUCGAGCCCACCACCACAGUGUCAGCCAGCUGCAGUCAGCGGCUAGAGCACAUGAAAAGUUUGGACAGCCUGCCCACGUCCCAGUCCUACUGCCCGCCAACCUACAGCACCACGGGCUACAGCAUGGACCCUGUCACUGGGUACCAGUACGGACAGUAUGGACAAAGUGCCUUUCAUUAUCUGAAGCCAGAUAUUGCAUAAAUGAACUGUCCACUUCAAGUUAAAGCUGGUCUUGUUUUCCGGUCUCACUCCAAUGCUUGGAUAUGAGGGAUCUUCUCACCACACUGCAG